GCAAUAUAUGAUCCUACACCAACGAAACAUGCUACCUUUCCUCUCAAAGAAUAUGAAAGCAUUCAAGUAAAACCUGUUGAUGGAAAUAAGCAUUAGACACUUCCAGAAUCCAUUGGAAAGCCAUUGGAACUUAAAAGCAGGAAGCUCUGUCAUCUUCAAUAUCAAUCACCUCUGUACUUGAGAGGAACGAUUGCAGAGAGGAAAAAUACCGAUAGAAGAACACAGAUUGAACCAUAAAUGUCUGCAAGAAGCAGAACCAUCAAGCUAUUUUGUCCCUCUUUGUCGAAGCUGAUUCCUUUGGUGGCUGUGGAAGAGCAACGGCUCGACCUCGGCUCUAUUGCCCGGACUUUUGGGCUUGACCCGGCAUCGUUGAAGCUUAAUGGUCACUUCGUCAGUAGAGGUGUCGAUCUUAUCUCCUCGUCUGUCACUUGGAAGUCCCUGCUUUCCUUCUUCUCUUCUCGAGGUUUGUCUACUGGAGCCAACGAUGCCGAUGCUCUCAUCGUCGAUGGCAAACUCUGUAAGGCCGGAACCAAAAUGCAAAUUUCGAGAGCAGAAGCAAGAGCGGCCGCGGCCGCAGCUGAGAGGCAGGCCCAGCUGAAGGAGGCCAGGGCCCGAGACGUCCAGCAGAAGCAUCCGAAAGGUAAGAAAAGAGGGGCUUCGACUUCCCAAGCCCUCCCAAGGAAGAAACCUAGAUCCGAAGGCCCUACCAUCGAGGUAGUUCGGACGCUUGAGUCCCCAUGCCGCGGCGCAUCUCCUCCGAGGGCCUCUUCCCUUGGUGCCGACUUCCGAAGUCCGAGGGGCAGUUAUUCUCGGGCCAAAGUUGGGUUCGUCCCUCGGUGGUCCAUUAAGGAGGGCGAGACACUGACCAUCGGGCGGGUUGCCCGAGAGCUCGUCCAGAAGGGGAGCCUGCCAGGAGACGCGGCCGAGGCCCAAAGCCAAGGGACCAAGGCAAUGAUAACAAGCACUUGCGUGUUUAUGGCAGCGGCUCAGACCCAAGUCGGCCAACUGACUAUCCGGACCGAAGCCCUGGCCAGGGACCUCAGGAGUCUGGGCAUGAAAAGUCGGCCCUCAACAAGGAGCACACAGUCCUCCUUAAGAAAGUGGAGCAUUUGGAGGCCGACUUCAUCCGCGCACAACAGGAGAGCGAUCGGAAGCUCCGCGAGCUGGAGGCGCAGAUGGUCACGAAGUUGAGGGAGGCCGAAACCCGAGCCAUCGAGAGCUAUAAGUCCUCUGAGGACUUUAGGGAGGUGGUAAAGUGUGCCAUCGCCCCCGGAUUCAUCAUGGGUGCCACCGAUGUUCGAGACUGGGUCCUUAAACAUCAUCCCGAGGUGUCCUUCGAGGGGAGUGGCCUUAUCUUCGAGGACACCGAUGCAACUCCUACCACCACUGAUGUCGUAGAUGGCGAGGACAACGACAGUGAGGGAGAGGGGGCCCAUGCUUCUCAUGAGGUCCCUCUUACUCUUGGGAGAGGAGACUCCGAUGUAGACGCUGCCGACAAUGCCGGGGGCUAGGCCAUCCCUCUAGUAGACGCUCCAUGAGGCCAUUUUGUAACUUAGCCUUUGUUUUUUUUUUUUUGUAAUUUUGUCCUUCGGGCUUCAUGUAAUUUUGGCCUUCGGGCUUCAUGAAUGAAAUGCUUCCUCUUUUUUA